UCAUUGAUAAAUGAAAGAGGAACUAUGAACAGCUGGCACCUGUGUCUUCAUUUAAUUCUUCCUCUGCUUUUUGCCCCUAAACUGAAGGCUGAGGAUGUUGAAGAAAAUGGUCCGUUUGCCACACCUGGAUUAAGCGAUACCAGCGAAACGUCACUUAAAGACUUAGUCCUGAAAGAGAUCGAUCCGAAAGAAAUCGACCUGAAAAUUGACGCAUCACAUGGUAUUACUAUAAAAUGGAGGACACCAAAAGACUGGGAUGUGAUGUGUUACAAAAGCGAAGUGCAAUACAGAAACCAAUGUGGCAAAAACUGGACGAUAAUUGAAUAUGACAACAAACACGAGUUGAAUGUUUUGAAUCUGUCUACUCUCAGUAUGAAGCAGAAUUAUGAUUUCAGAAUAAGAGUGAAAGUGGAUUGUGGUUAUAAUGGGGCCUGGAGCAACUGGACGGGUAUACAAAGUUGGAGAAAUGAUCCAGAUCCCUGCAUCAAAGAAUCAUCUUCCAAUGUAUGGAUUUAUAUUUUAAUAACUGUUCUGCCAUUGGCCAGCCUUCUUCUCAUUUGCCUGCUGACACGAGAGAGCAUUAGAAAACUGAUCCUUCCUGCAGUACCAGAUCCCAAACAUUUCAAAAGUAGAAUCAUGGACAUUGAUCAGUCUCAAUGGUGGAGCAACGUUGGACAGUGUUAUGAAGAAUGCAAAACAACAGAAGUUGAGAUUGUCAACAAAAGUGAAAAUAAUACGGAUGACCAGACUGUAGCCAUACCUGAAGAACAUGACACAAACAUGUACUGUAUCUACCCGGGUGAUAAUACAGAGGCACAGUGCUCUCAGAGGGUAUUUGGCUAUAUUGUUCUCUGAAUAUUAUUUUUAAUAAUGACAGAGAGUCACUAUAAUCAUUCUUCUGGAUGCCCACUGGCACCUCUUAUAUUUCUGUGUAUAGUGGAUUGUGAAUGCAAUGCAAAAUUAUUUGCAUUAUUUGCAUCACUGAUAAUUAUGUUAAAAAGUGCGUCUGUGGAGGAUAUAGAGUACUGUAAACCAUUCACCUAUCUAUUGGUGAGUCAGAAUCACAUUUUCUACAACAUAUAUGAUUUAAACUCAUCAUCAUAUUUUAUGUCGUUGCGCUGUAGGUCAAAAAAAAAAAGUUUUACAGGAACACUGUACAAUCAGGUUGUAUUUGUUAACAUUAGUAAAUGCACUAUAGCAUGCAUGAACUAACAAUGAGCAAUGCAAAUUCAGCAUCUUAAUUGAAUCAGUGCAAUUGUUCAUUAUACUUUAUUGUGCAUUAAAUAAUGUUAACAGUUACAAUUUUUGAUUUAAAAAAUGUAUGUAUGAUAAAAUUAACAUGAACUAACAAUAAGAAAUGCUGUAGAAGUAUUGUUCAAUGUUAGUUUACGUUAGCUAAUGCAUUAAUGUUAAUUAACAAAUACAACCGUAUUGUAAAGUGUUUAUUAAGCUUUUUAUACAAAUUAGUUUUAUAUGAGUAAAUGACUGUAUUUAUUACGUCAGGAGUUUUAUUGUUAAAGGUCACAAACAACAUUGAUCUAUUAUAAAGAAAUAGGAUCUGCAGAAAGAGCUGUUGAUUUAACAUAGAUUUAAAACGUAUAGAUUUAACCAGGUUUGGUGUGUAAAAGCCUAUGAUCAGGAUUGUGUUUGACAGUGAGUUUCUAUGAAGUCACAGAAAAUCCUCUGAUUGUAUUUGCUUCUAACAUCAAUAUGUGUGCAGUACAAUCAUUUGACAAUGGAGGGCACUCUGACUAUCCUAAAGUGUUAAAGAGGAGCCAAAAAUAUCAAAGCCAGCCAGGAACACAGUCUUCACAGCAUCACAGGCCUCUCUUAUGGGAGGAUGUGCGUUAAUUUGAAGACCGAUUUAAAAGAUUAAUGCGAUACUACAUAAUGGAUGUGAAGUUUCAGUGUGACGAUGUAACAAAGCCGGAGAGCCGCAGACACGCACACCGAUCUGUUGUGAUUUAUGAACUGAUGUGCCGCUGAAGGAGAAAAUAAGCAAAUAGUCAUUAAGAGACAGAACCAGGAAAUCAAAAAUGAAUAGGCAUACAUGCAGGUGAAUAAAUAUAACCUGUGUCUGUACAUAUAAAAAAUAACCAGCAUUGUUCCCAAGCAAUGCACAUACAGGGGAGGUCAAAAAGUGUGAGGCCUCUUUGGGAUUUAAUUUACUUAAACCUUGAAAUGAGCAUUUGUAUUUUAUGCAUAUUUCUACUAGAUUAUUAAAUAAAUAAGCAAAUUUGUGAUACUUAUUAUGUUAAAACACACACAAAAAAGGUUCCUGAUUAUGUUAAAACACUUUUAACAAAAGGUUCCUUUGCUUCCAAUGAAGCAUACAAGGGAUUUGGAAUCAGAAAUUUUGGAAUUCUGUUUCAAAUAAAGUGUUACUCAAAUUGUGAUACUGAUAAUAUAAAAAGAAUGCCAAACUGAACACUGUAAAAAAGUAGGUUCAACUUAAAAAAAAAAAAAAAAAAUAAGUUACCUGGUUCCUUUAAAAAAUUUUUUUGUUAAUUAAAGUUAUUUUAUAUUUUUAAGUUGAAUUAAGUCAAACAUUUAAGGCAACCAGGUAUCUUUUUAAAUUGAACCAACAAAUAGUUUUUACUGUGAAGUGAAUUAUUUCUUCAAUUAUUUAUUUGAAUAUAAAAAGAAAAACUGAAUGAUAGUAGCAUGCAAAAUGCUUGAUAAUCAGUGCCAAAAUUGACGCUUUUUAUUGUAUAAUGUAUAUGUACAUAUAUAUUACUUUAUCAUUAUUUUCUUUCAUUAAAGAAGCAAAAACAUUUUU